CUCCUCAUGAGCUGUCAUGCUGACAGAGGAGAGGAGAGCCGGUAAUUGGCAUUCCUCGGAAGGGACAUGUGCACUGAUCAUCAGGCCCCAGCAGUGCCGCCUGUGAGUGUCCAUCAGUGCCAGCUCUCAGUGCUCAUCCAUGCAACCUGCCAGUGCCCAUCAGUGCACAUCAAUGCCUACCAGUGCACAUCAAUGCCACAUAUCAGUGCCCAACUGAGCUGCCUUUCAGUGUCACCCAUCAGUGCCAGUCAGCGCCACCUAUCAAUGCCAAUCAGUGCCACCUAUCAGUGGUGCCAAUCAGUG